AAACUCGAAGUGAACUGGAGAAGAUAUAUAGAAGCAGCAGGAUGUUUUAUUCGCAGACCUUCUUAGCUCGGAAGCUAAUAAAACUCACAAUUUGUUUGCUCUUGGCCACUCGAAGUGAACUGGAGAAGAUAGAAGCAGCAGGAUGUUUUACUCGCAGACGUUCUUGGCUCGGAAGGGUCCACUCUACAGCGUCUGGUGCGCUGCUCAUCAUCUGCAGCAGCACCAUCUCAAAAAGUCUUACUGCACCUCCGCUGAUAUUCGCUCCACCGUCGAGCGCAUCAUGUACCCAGACAUCCCCAUUGCACUGAGGAUGUCAGACCACCUUCUAUUAGGUGUUGUCUUUGAUGCCAAAAAGGUGGAUUUGCCGGAUAAUGAAAACCAAGCUCCAGUUCAUGCUAUUACUCUGCCCGAGACAUUUAACCUUGAUGCUUUGGAACUUGAUGAUGAUGAUACAUACUAUACUGAGGGGAGCCCAGAUAAUCAUAUCAGGAAUGAGGAAGAUAUCAGACUACCAGACCAAAUUCCUACUGGAGCAAAUCCUUGUAUUGCCAUAACUUUUGAUGAGGAUAUGAUGGAUGUAUUGCAUUCAGAAGCAGCUCCUGAAUCAGGAGUCCGACUAAUGGAUGAGGAUGUCAUUCUUCAAUCUCCCAUUGGUGGUAAUCUCCAAAACAAAGAACUAAAUGCAGCAGUAGCUUUUCAAGAUCCUGGUCCAGCUAAUGAGACAACACUGCCUGGCACAAGUAUGGUUUUUGGGGGUAUAGGUCCAAGUAGCCAGACAGAAGUACUUAGACCAACUAUGGAUUUCUACAAUAGUCAUCCUGGCAAUGAGACAGAAGCACCUAAUAUCAUUCAUGAUGACAGUGUCACUCAAGAUUUUGCAGAAAUUGAAGUUAGGUGGGAUACAGUCCCUUAUAUUAGCAAUGAAUGCCUACCUCUAGGGCAUCCAGAGCAGAGAAAUGAUGCAAGUGAAAUGAGAGUAUCCUUGGAACGAAUUUGGGAUGAUAAGGAGAUUCAUACUCCAAUUCUAAGGAGUAUGUCAACUUCUGGAGCAGAGUCUAUACCAUUUCAUGACCACUCUGGGCCACCAAUGUCUGCUGCUUUUCGAGAGUCUCCUGGGAAUUUGUCUGGACAUAAAUCACCUCAACUUGCCAUUCAACCCUCUCCACCAGUACAGCAGCCAAGAAAGAGACAGAGAACACAGGGGAGGUUCUUCGAUACUGAACUAGUGUUGUCUAAUAGGUCUAUGAAGAAGGCACUUGAAGAUUCUAGUGAUCUAGUACGGAAGAGAAUGAAUGUAUGUGGCUCUGCUUUGGCUGUAUGGAAAUCAAAUAGCAUUCUCAGAAAGGGACAAUUAUUUCAUGGGGCUUCAGUAACAGGGUUGUGUGUUGAUAUAUCUGAAAUGCUUGAGAGGGACUACACUUUUGCAAAACCCAAUUUAGCUGUCCUACAGGGAGCUGUUUCAAGUCCUCGGAUUUUACAAUCUCCUGCUCCAAGCACAAAGGCCAGGGAUUUGCAGAUUCGUGCUACUGCAACUGCAACUGCAACUGAAGCUAGCCCAUAGCAUAGGGCUGGAAGACCUGAAGCUGCAGUGCCUGAAAUUGACAGGGAAACUGAAUAUCUUUCAGAUGAUCAAGGCAGUGCUUACAACAAUCUUUUAUAUGAAUUUGAGCCCUCCCCAUUGAGACCAAUAUGUUCUGCAAGGGAUGAUUCAUCUCCAUUAUCAAUUAACAGUUUAAGAUCAG